AAUUGACAGUCAAAUCACUUCAAGAAAAGAAAAUUGAUGACUGGAUUUCUGGUUGGUCAAUAAUGUUGAAAAUUCAGAAAUUACGGCUGUUUUAGGAAAGUUAUAUUGUUGAUUUUUCUGUGAAUAGAUAAAGUGAGUUUCGGACAUUAAGUAUAAUCAUUAAACCGUAAGGUCCGUCACCGAUUGGGCAGCGUAGACGAAUUUGGGAAACAUGUCUUCGUCGGCAAUUUUCAUCCUCGACGCAAAAGGAAAGGUGUUGAUAUCGCGCAACUAUCGCGGCCACAUCGAUAUGGGCGUGAUCGAUAAGUUCAUGCCACUGUUGAUGGAAAAGGAAGAAGAAGGGCUCAUUACACCGAUCCUCCAGACGCCGGAAUGCACGUUUGCUUACGUGAAGACGAACAACCUGUACCUGGUUUCGGUCACCCGAAGCAAUGCCAACAUUGCGCUGGUAUUCGUUUUCCUUCACAAGGUCGUACAGGUGUUUACCGAGUACUUCAAGGAGCUGGAAGAGGAAAGCAUACGGGACAAUUUCGUGGUGAUCUACGAACUGUUGGAUGAGUUGAUUGAUUUCGGUUACCCGCAGACGACGGACAGUAAAAUACUGCAGGAGUACAUUACGCAGGAAGGCCACAAGCUCGAAAUACAGCCACGAAUUCCGAUGGCGGUAACGAACGCGGUAUCGUGGCGCUCGGAGGGCAUAAAAUAUCGCAAGAAUGAGGUAUUUUUGGAUGUGAUCGAAAGCGUCAAUCUGCUAGCGAAUGCUAACGGCAAUGUGCUGCGAAGUGAAAUUGUGGGAGCGAUAAAAAUGCGCGUCUACCUGUCCGGCAUGCCGGAACUGCGCCUUGGCCUGAACGAUAAGGUGCUGUUCGAGAGCACCGGACGGGGCAAAUCGAAAUCCGUCGAGUUGGAGGAUGUGAAGUUCCACCAGUGCGUACGAUUGUCUCGUUUCGAGAACGAUCGUACGAUCUCGUUUAUUCCACCGGAUGGGGAAUUUGAGCUGAUGUCGUAUCGGUUAAACACGCACGUGAAACCUUUGAUCUGGAUUGAGUCCGUCAUCGAGCGUCACGCGCACAGUCGAGUGGAGUACAUGAUCAAGGCGAAGUCGCAGUUUAAACGUCGAUCCACGGCGAACAAUGUGGAAAUUGUCAUUCCGGUCCCGGCUGAUGCCGAUUCGCCCAAAUUUAAAACCACCAUCGGUAGCGUAAAGUACGCACCGGAGCAGAAUGCCAUUACAUGGACCAUUAAAUCAUUCCCGGGUGGUAAGGAAUAUUUAAUGCGUGCCCACUUUGGUCUGCCCAGUGUAGAAUGUGAAGACAGUGAGGGAAAGCCUCCGAUUCAGGUGAAGUUUGAAAUUCCCUACUUUACUACAUCCGGCAUUCAGGUGCGUUAUUUAAAAAUUAUCGAAAAAAGUGGAUACCAAGCCCUGCCCUGGGUGCGAUACAUCACCCAGAACGGUGACUAUCAGCUGAGAACGAACUAAAAGUAUGCGACGGUGCCUAUCGAAGAAUAAUAGUUAAGUGUCCCAUCGUCCCUUUCCCUCUCCUUAUUACCAUUCUAUCUUCAUUCUGCACCAUGUACGUGUUGUACGAUUCAGUUGCUAGCAAAGUGCCCUGAAAGUGAGCACCAACCAUCAUCGAUUGAACCGGAACGCUUUUCUUUAAUGUUUUAAUUUGCGAUGUGCAGUAUUAUUAACAAGCGUGUCUGUGUUUCACGGAUAACGCGAACGUAAGGUAAGCAGCUUCUUCAAGAAACACAUCUAGCGAGGGUAAACUUUCCUUCUGUUUAGUGAUUUAUUUGCUUUGUUUUGCACAUUUUGUUCGUUCCAUCGUAAAGGGUUCCGUUGAAGUAUUGAGGGCGAAUUUGAAUUUUCAACAAUUUUAUACUUUCGUUUGCACUUGUCCUGUUUUAGUCGAAAUUGUUUUUUUUUUUUGGUCGUGCGUGGUAUAAUGAUUGUUUGCAAAAAUUAAAAUUUUAUGUUUAACGUUAACCAUCCUGUAAAACGAAACAUGUAGCAAGAAUACAGUAAUAAAGUAAAGUCUAAAGCCAA